UCGCGUAUAGCAACUUAAAUUAGAUACCUAGCACCAACCAGACUCAGACGUCGAAUUCAUCAGAAAGCAAUCAUCUUUUUCAAUAAUUACACCUAGUAACACGCGUUAUUAACUCAAACUUAAUAGAUCAAGCCGUCUGUGCAUUCUGACACUUUGUUUUGCAUUUUUUACAUCUUAAAGACAUAUACAUAUCUUUUUCUGCAUAUCUCUAGGUUAAAACACUCAGUUGUUUACUUUCACUGUGUUAGGACUAUUACUGAUGUCAAGUCAACAAAAUGCUCAAAUAUUGGAUUUUGGAGAAGAGAUCGUACCUACUCAUGCAAACCGUAUAGGGACAUCGGAAUUGCUGAGCAGACUACAGCGCUUGCUCAGUAAGCUUGUCGAGAUGGAUCAAGACUUUGCCGAACGAGACUCUAUUUUGUCAGUAGCACAUUCUUUAGUGCAUAAGAAUCUGCUUUCACAUAAAGAUAAAAGUGUAAGAGCAUAUGUCUGCUGCUGUAUCGUGGAAGUACUCCGUCUAUGUGCUCCAGACGCUCCUUAUACUAUAUCCCAGCUUGAGAAAGCUUUUGAAACGAUCAUUAAAUUACUUCCUGGUUUAGAAGAUCCGGAGUCUGUGUACUAUCCUCAGCUGUACCAUAUACUUGAAAGUUUAUCUGUGGUGAAGUCCGCCGUACUAAUCGUCGAUUUUCCAGCAGCAGAAACAUUUCUUACUUCUUUAUUUCGAUUAUUUUUUGAUUUGGCGAGAAAGGGAAUAUCAAAAAACAUCGAGGUUUAUAUGCUUGACAUUCUGCAACAGUUGAUUAACGAAGCGUCUAUAAUUCCACCUGCUGUAGUCAAUACUUUACUUGCACAGUUGGUUUCAGGAACGAGUGUUCAAAGUUUUGUAGGACCUUCAGAAAAUUCCAAACGCGGAGGGGGCUUUCAGUUAGCACGGAAUAUUCUUCAUGAGUGCUCAAAUCGAUUACAGCGCUACAUAAGCCAGUACUUUUCUGAAAUAAUACUUGAGACAAAAGAUAUUCUUCCCGAGGAAAAUGUUCCUCGCGAGUUUGUAGCCGCUCAUAAUUUGGCCUUAGAAUUAUGGACCUACGCUCCUUCAACCUUACUGAAUGUUGUCCCCCAGCUGGAAAACGAAUUGCUUGCCGAGCAUAGUUCGAUCCGUCUCCUAGCAGUGGAGACUGUUCGACUGAUGAUUAAAAUACAUACAUUGUGGUCGGAUUAUCCACAAGUCUGGAACGCAUUUCUCGGUCGUGUCAAUGAUAAGCUUGUAGAAAUUCGGACAGCUUGUACUCAAGGCCUCAUAAAUGCCGCGCUAAACCCACUCGCUUCUCAAGAUAUUAUACAGUUAAUUAUGCAAUUGUAUGAAGUAAAGUUGGCAGACACUGACGAACGCGUCCGUGUCUCAGCUAUUGAAGCACUUGGUUCACUACCCUAUGAAACCCUUCGACUAACGGUUCCUGUGCAUGCCCUAAAGCUCUCUGCUGACCGACUUCGUGACCGGAAAUACUCUGUCCGUACCAAAGCCAUUCAAACACUCAGUGCACUUUACAAUGCUUCGUUUGCUGAGCAGAUUUCUGGAGACGAUUUCUCUCGUCAAGCUUGCUCUUGGAUACCCUCCUCCUUAUUGAAUGUUUUCUAUGUUAACGAUGAACCAACGAAUGCUGCUGCAGAACUUUCUUUUUUUGAAGUAAUACUCAAUGCACUUUCUCUUGAUACAAGCGCAAGAGUAUCCCGUAUACUGUACGUUGUACAGUGUUUAGACGACCAAAGUCUUCGGGUGUUUUAUAUGCUUCUUCAAAGACAAUCAAAAUAUAUGGUUCUGUUGAGUCGAUUUAUUGAUUGUUGUGUAGACUAUAACGGAUCUGUAAUGGACACUGACGAAGAAAUCAAGACGAAGCGUCUUACACAAGUAAUCGAACUUUUGUCUUCGAAAUCACCAAACCAAAAACAAAUGGAACAGGAUCUCUGGAAAUUUGCCAAACUUAAUGACAGACAGUGCUAUAAAACUUUCCGGGAAACAAUUAACUUGCAAAAUUCAUUUGAGGACAUUCACAAGUUUAUGAAGCAUCUGCUUAAACGACUAAAACAACGAAGCCCUUCGAUUGUGGAUUCACUUCGUCUUCUGCUUUUUCGUUCCGCACCGUUGAUUAUUAACAAGACAAAUGUGAGCGAGCUCAUUCGAAAUAUGCAUAAUGAUACUGUUCGUAAAUCUUGCGAAAGUCUAUUGCAACAAGUAUCCUCCUUAUUUCCCGAUAUUUACGAAACUGCGCUGAAGGACAUCAAAGAAAUGAUUCUUCAGAACCAAUCGUCUGUGAGCCCAGAAACUUUAAAAACUGUAUCACAAUACUGUCUCCGAAAAAAAUCAUUUGAUCUCGGCCAUGAGGUCCUUGCAAUUUUGGAGAAGCUAUGUUUUGAAGGCACCGAUACGCAAGCAAAAUACAGUGCUGUAAUUCUUACUACCGUUCAAGAUGCAACAUAUCAAGAACGAAUGAGGGACAAAUUACUUGACAAUUUAACCUACUCUGAUAAAACCCCUACAGUUUUGGCUUCUUUAUCUAAGUACUUACUUAUAAAAGGUAACCUACUACUUUCUCAUGAAGAAAGGAUUACCGAGUUUUUGGUAAAAAAUGUUAUUCGUGCACAUGUAUCGGAUCCCAAUAUAACCAACACGCCUGAUGAUGUUUGGCUUCAAUUCUCAGAGUUGGAUUAUCACAUUCGAUCCAAAGUGCUCGCGCUCAAGUGUCUUACAAACAUGCUUACUUACAAUAAAAAUAAAGACGAUCGUGAACAGCGGGCUGCUCCCAUUCUCAAAUUACUGAGUGUAAUUUUAUUAACAAAUGGAGACAUGGAUCCUGAGCAUUCCACACCUUACAUUCAUGCCGCCUGGUUGCGGUUAUCGGCAGCACGCUUUUUGCUCAAGUUGGCUGUGUUGCCUGAAUUUGAACCGCUCGUUACAUUCCAAACAUUUCUGCACCUGUGUUUGCUCUGUCAAGACUCAAUUUAUGAAGUAAGACAGGAGUUCGUCCGGAGGCUACAGAAACUUCUCCAGUUUGACCGAUUGCCAGCACGCUUUCACGCAGCUAUUUUCCUGUUAGCACAUGACCCCGAAGCAGAGUUCUUGGGAAAGGUUCGCACUUGGGCAAAAUCGCGCUCUCUCUAUCUACGGAAGCACAAAAAUUACAUCAACGAAUAUGUUCUGACAUAUCUGAUUCACUUACUAGCGCACCAUCCAGACCUAAAUAUCGAGAGCACCGAAAGCCUGCUGAGUUUCCUCAAGUACUUUGAGUUCUAUCUUGACGUGGUUAUGUUCGCCGACAAUGUCUCUCUCCUAUACCAUCUCGCUCAACGUGUCAAACAAUACAGAGACACCAUCAGUGAAACAUCAGACGCCAUCUACUAUCUCAGUGAGCUUGCAAGAAUCGCGAUUUUCGUUCGAGCUAAUGUAUUCGGCUGGGCCAUCCCUUCUUUCCCAAAACAAAUUCGUCUGCCACAUGAAAUCUACAAAGUCAUCGAGGUUCCGGACGAGAAAAAGAUCACACAGGGAAAGACUUUUCUAUCUUCGGAAAUUGAGCAACAAGUCGAACAAAUCGUCAAGGCUAAUAUCCGCAGCAAUCAUCACACAGCAGCCUUGAAACGAUCCAAACCUGCACUUUCGGGUACUCCAAAGAAGCGAAGUACCAGAACCUCGCGUGCUCGUGGUCGUACUACUGCGCGAUCUGUACCAAAGCGCAAGCAGAGCCAGCAAUUGAAAAACGCUCUCGUGUCUUCGCCGACACGAAAAAGCCUAAGAACGCGAAAUCGUCUAAUCAAUUACCAAGAAUCGCCGUCAGAAAACGAGGAAAUUGAGGAUGUUGAAAGCUCUGAAAGCGAAGAACAAGAAGGGAUUUCGUCGGCAGAAGAAUAGAAAUACUAAUGUACAUUACAAACCAAAAGAAUGAUUAAUUUCAGCAAACUCGCUUAAUCGCAUUAAAUCGCUACGUCACUAUUUAACACGUGGAUAGUUAAUUUAAAUACGGGCUGUAUGA